AUGUUGUUUAAGUCUCUUUCAACAUUAGCCACCGCUGCCGCUUUUCUCGCUGGUGUAGCAACUGCAGGCGAUGUCCCAGCAAUUGAGGUAGUUGGCAACAAAUUUUUCUACUCCAACAAUGGUAGUCAGUUUUAUAUCAGAGGUGUUGCUUACCAAGCUGAUACCGUUAAUGAAACCACAGGUUCUACUAUUAAUGAUCCUUUGGCCGAUUACAGUAGUUGUUCGAGAGAUAUUCCAUACCUUAAGAAGUUGGACACCAAUGUUAUUCGUGUCUACGCUAUCAAUACCUCUCUAGAUCAUACUGAAUGUAUGAAAGCUUUGAAUGAUGCCGAUAUCUACGUGAUAGCUGAUUUAUCCGCUCCAGCUACUUCUAUCAAUAGAGACGAACCAACUUGGACUGUUGAAUUGUUCAAAAGAUAUAAAGACGUUGUUGACAGUUUCUCCAAUUAUACUAAUGUGCUAGGUUUCUUUGCAGGUAAUGAAGUUAGUAACAACUACACUAACACAGAUGCAUCUGCUUUCGUGAAAGCUGCUAUUAGAGACGUUAGAGAAUACAUUGAUGACAAGGACUACAGAAAAAUCCCAGUUGGUUACUCUUCUAAUGAUGACAAAGAUACUAGAGUUAAGAUGGCAGACUAUUUCGCAUGUGGCGACGAUGAUAUUAAGGCUGACUUCUAUGGUAUUAAUAUGUAUGAAUGGUGUGGUAAAUCUGAUUUCAAAACAUCUGGUUUUGCUGAUAGAACGGCAGAAUUUAAAAAUUUAUCUAUUCCAGUCUUCUUCUCUGAAUAUGGUUGUAACGAAGUUAGACCAAGACCGUUUACUGAAGUUCAGGCUCUGUAUGGUUCUAAUAUGACUGACGUUUGGUCUGGUGGUAUUGUUUAUAUGUAUUUCGAAGAAACUAACAAAUAUGGUUUGGUCAGUAUUGAUGGUGAUGAUGUUAAAACUUUAGAUGACUUUAACAAUUACUCCUCAGAAAUCAACAGAAUAUCUCCAACUUCAGCCAACACCAAGUCUUACUCUGCCUCAACAAGUGAUGUAGCUUGUCCAGCUACUGGUAAAUACUGGUCCGCAGCAACAGAAUUGCCACCAACUCCAAAUGGUGGCUUGUGUUCUUGCAUGAGUGCAGCCAACAGUUGUGUUGUCUCAGAUGACGUUGACUCUGACGACUACGAAACCUUAUUCAACUGGAUCUGUAAUGAAGUUUCAUGUGACGGUAUUUCGGCAAACGGUACUAGCGGUAAAUACGGUGCUUACUCGUUCUGUUCUUCAAAGGAUCAGUUGUCAUUUAUUAUGAACUUGUAUUACGAACAAAAUGGUGGCAGUAAAUCUGAUUGUGACUUCAGUGGUUCUGCCUCUUUACAAACCGCUACCACACAAGCUAGCUGCUCUUCAGCCUUGAAGCAAAUUGGCAGUAUGGGUACCAACUCUGCUUCCGGUACUGUUGAUUUGGGUUCCGGUACUGAUUCCAGCACUGGCUCUUCCAAGGCUUCCGGCUCUUCUGCUAAGUCUAACUCUGGUUCUUCUAGCUCUUCUUCUUCUUCAGCCUCAUCCUCGUCUUCUAGUAAAAAGAAUGCCGCAACCAACGUUAAAGCUAACUUGGUACAAGUAGUUUUCACCUCGAUCAUUUCCUUAUCCAUUGCCGCUGGUGUCGGUUUUGCUUUGGUUUAA